AUGUCCACCUGUUAUCCUCAACCUGCAGGGUCUGUCAAGAUAUCUGAUGGGGAGACUCUGGUUCUUGAAUCUAAUUAUAGCAGUGCCCAAAGGCAUACUGGAGUCAUGGGGCUCUUUUAUGUUUUGGUUGCAGAACCAUCUCCAAAAUCCAAUCCGGUUUUGCAUGCUUCAGUCCAAGUGCAUGAAAAGAUGACAAUACCCAAUUCUGUUUGGGUAGUGGCCUUUUUUGGAAUGGCAAUAGCUAUAGCUGUUUAUGGGUGGAGGAGCCAAAGAGAGGAUGGAUACCAAUCUAUAGUCUUGUGA